AACAACUUACGUAAAAUUAUUUAGCUAAAAUUUAAACAUUUAAAUAAUUAUUUUUUAAAUUGUUAAUAUCUUAAUAGAAAAACCAUUGUAAUGCAUUUAAAAACUAUAAUAAUCUUUUGUGCAGUUGGUUUUUUUACCGACACAAUGAGCGAAGGUCUUAAUGCAAUCCAAAUACAAUGUAUUCAAAUGUUGACGAAAAAGUAUAAUGAUGAUGCAAUGAUAAGAAAAUUUUUAAAUUUUUUUUUUAUCGAGGUAAAUGACGAAUUUGUACUUGAAGAUAAUCCCAAUACAAGAACUUUCGAGAUUCUGAAAAUGUUUGGUACAAAAAAUAAGCUGGGAGAUGACAAAAAUAUAGAAAAACUUGAAAAAGAAGAGGUUGAAGCUAUCAUAAAUGUAUUCUCUUCGGUUUGCCAAAAUGGUCUUAUAAAGGAAACAGGAUACAUUCAAUUGAUUGAUUUAAUUAGAGACUAUAUUAAAAACGAAGAAACGGUGAAUGAUUGGAAAACAAACAUUAAUAAAGACAAUCGUAAGUCAUACGAUUUAGGUGAUGUAAUGCUAGAAUUAUUACGGUACAGAGCACAAUUAAAUAAUACAGUUUAUGGUAAACAAGAAGAUGUGGAUAUAAUCGAUAAUACCGUUUUUAUGAUCGAAUUGGAUCAUAAAAUUGCAUACAUAAAUAAUCGUUAUUCCUUAUUUUAGAUUAAUAAAACAUACGUAAAAAUAUUAUUAGUUUAAAUUUUAAAAUACUCAUUUUUUUAGCUUUCACUUAAAAUUAUAUUAAGUUACGGCUACAGACGGCAUCACUGUCGGCUGUAAAGUAUAUUUUAUAUUAUAAUUUAGCACUGUAUUUUCGAAAAUAAAAGUAGUUUUAUUAAAUAAAUUAAUUUCAAAUAAUUUUAAUUGUGCAUAAAAUAAUUUUAAAGAACCACAAUAGAUGCAAUUUUCACGCGAUAUCUUCUUAACGAAAGAAGUUUCACUUCAACCGCGCGUACUCAUUACAUGCACUGUUUUAACGUCCAAUCAUGUAUUUUAUUUCAUUAUUAUUUUUAUUGUAUUAAUGUGAUUUAUAUUUCGUUUUUUAUUUUAUUUUAUACUCUGUGCUAUUAUUGUCUCACUGGAUCUGAACCAUCCUAGUAUUAUUCUAAUAUUAAUAACAUAUUUUUUCAUUUUUUUCUUAUUGUAUGUUCAAAAUAAACCACUAAUAAUGUUAUUUAAACCGUGUGUUGGUUAAUAGGGUGGUCCUUAAUUUACGAAUUUCGAAAUUUCUUUCAGGAGACCCCUCCAUUUUUUUCUUUAGUAUAAAAAAUUAUAUUUUGAAAAUUUAAGAUCAUUUGAAAAAAUUUAAAUCGAGGCGCACAGUAUUUUAGGAUUUUGAUCUCGAGUUUUCGAAGAAUAUUCUAUAAAACGGUAAAAAAAACACCUAUAUUAGAAGUUAUCCAGUGAUUUAUACAAUAAAAGUCAAGAUAUAAAAAAAAAAAAUACUUUAUGUAAAGAUAAAUAUUUUGAUAUAUUAUUUUUAAAAAUUUAUUGAAUUUUUUACAUAUGAUAACAAUAUAUUGAUAACACAAAAAGAAUUAAACAGCUUAUUUUUUACACUUUGUUACUUUUAAAGUUUCAACACUUCAUUCUAUCUUUUCAAAUGUUUACUGACUUGAAUAUAAAUUACUUAAGUUAUUAAAUUGUAUUUAAUAGCAUUGAAUUAGUAUUAGUUGAAAUAAAUCAUAAAAAAAGAAAAAUUUACUAUAGUUAGAAACAUGCUAUUUUUGUGUUAAAAUUUUAAUUUUUCGAUAUUAUAUUUUAAAUUUUAAAUUGCUGUAACUUAUAGAAAAAUGUAUGUAUCACCACAAUUUUUUUUGCUAAAUAUAUUGUGAAUACUUUUAUAA